GCUUGAGAGAGACAAAGAGAAGGGGUGUGUGAGAGAGAAAGAGACAGAAUACUGACUGAGAUGAAUUUCUUUACCAAUCUGGGCUGUGGUUUGUGGCCCUGCUCUGCUGUGCGAGAAAUGCACUUUGUACGUGCUCCCAGGCACACUUUGCUUUCUGAUUACAGUGCUAUCUCAGUUUAAGAACAGUCCGGUUUAAGAACGAUUUGGUUUACAAACUCCACAAAACCGGAAAUAGUGUCCUGGCUUUAGAACUUUACCUUGGUCUAAGAACGGAAUCCGAAUGGUGGAAGGGCACCGGCGGCAAGAGGAAAGCGCACCUUGGUUUAAGAAUGGUUUCAGUUUAAGAACAGACUUCUGGAACGGAUUAAGUUCAUAAACCGAGCCUUCUGGCCUUGGAAGAUAAUAGCCACAUGCCUUUCCAUGUGCGUUUCCAGAUACAUACCAGCAGGAGGCGACAUUGCAACCCACCUGAGCAGAGCACUCCACCACCUAGUGGCCAUCUCAGGGAACUGCACUUCCGCCACACCAGCUCUGUACUGUAUUCAAAUGCACCCUCUGCUUGGUCUGGUACAUCGCCAUCCUUGGCUGGCAAAUGUUGUUGCCUAUGGGACACUGUUUUCAGCCGCAGAUGCAGCCCAGCAGAAGUUGUCUAAGCCGUGCCAGGAUCCCCGCAGACAUGACGGUUUGGAUGUGAAGCAGACGGCAAAAGUGGCGCUGGUUGGGUUCACGUUCCACGCCAACUUCAAUUACGUCUGGUUCCGGAGCCUGGAGCGCCUUCUUCCAGGAGUGAAGGUGACCACGGUGAUUGCAAAGGUCACUUGCGACCAGGUCAUCGCUGCGCCAGUCACCAUCGGGGCUUUUUACACCGGUCUCUCUCUCCUGGAUGGUGAAAGCAACAUAUUUGGGAAGCUGCAGGAGAAGUUUUGGCCAACGUACAAGGCUGGUGUGCUGUGCUGGACCUUGUUCCAGGCAGUGAAUUUUGCUCUUGUGCCCCCCCUGCUGCGCACAGCCUAUGUGGGGGCCUGCUCCUUCCUGUGGACGGCAUUUCUCUGCUACCUGCGCCAAUCUGAUGCCCACGACACCACCUCCCAGCUCUUCCAGGCGUUGCCAGGCUUGGCCGGGCUGUUUCCAUCCAGGGCAGGAGAGAACCAAGUAAAGAUGCCGGCUGAGAAAUGACCAAAGGGCUGCGCUGUGGAUUUUUCGGCACCCCAUCUCCAUUUCUAGUUCUUGGUCUCUGCAAACUUUGCCCAGGGAAUUGAGGGAGAUUUGUCUCCUUAUACUAACCCCUUCACAUCCACCUUCUUCAAAACACCGCCUGCUCCUCCUGCUGCCACUGGUAUAGGAACAUACAACUACAGAUGUGAGAAGCAGGGCCUUUACAACGAUGGCCCCAAGGCUAAGAGAAUGCUCUUCCCCUUGAGGCCUACAUGCCUUCUGAAAGACAUACCAUGAGCCAUCUUUUAGGGAUGCUGUAAAGAUUGCAGCAAGAUUAAGAGGAAGAGGAAUGCUUUGAACACUCUAAAAAGCUUUAUAAAUUCUGGCUGCACCCUGGACAAACACUGGGCAGUUGAACAGAAGGUCAUUAUUCCCCUAUCUCUCUUUCCCCACUCUUUUCCCCCAGCCACAUAAUGUCUAUGAUGUCAACAGUGUCUCCUACCAAAUGUAAACAAACUAUGAAAAAGAACCUGUGAAUUGAAAGUGGAGGCGCUGCAUGUUUCUUCUUCCUUGUUUUGUUACGCAAGAAAAUCUUCCAAUAAGAACAAAUUUAAAACAACUGAAUGAAUAAAUGCUGGCUGCAUGCACACCGCAUAUUUA